AUGAUUCAAGCUCUGGAAACUAAUUUCCAGAAACACUCAGAGGAGCAAUUCGCUCGAUUCAUGGCACGAUUGGAUGAGCAGGUGGCUCGUUUAGAUGACCGUGUAAACCAGCUACAAUCAUCCUCGUCAAAACCGCAAGUGGUUAACGGAACUGCGAGCAGUGGCAUGGUUUCACCGCCUGGGCAACGACCGGAAGCUACAAUUGACUCUCGGGAUGUGAAUUCAAUUCUCAAAAUUAUGAGAGUGAAGGUCCAUCGUUUUGACGGAACGAAUGUAGAAGACUGGGUUUACAAAAUAAAUAAAUUCUUUGAUCUGCACGGUGUCUUACCCGAUAUUAGAUUGGCUAUGGUAGCAUUUCAUCUUGAGGGAGCUCCUUCAACUUGGUUUCAAUGGAUGGAAAAGGGGGGAGGGUUUUCGGAUUGGGAGUCCUUUUUGCGGGCAUUACGGUUACGUUUCGGAGUAUCGAUUUAUGAUGAUCCAUUGGGCAGGAUUGCUAAGCUUGUCCGGACGGGGCGUGUGUCGACUUUUAGAGCGGAAUUUGAAGCUUUAAUGACACAGAUUUCAGGGGUUUCGGAACAAUACUUUCUGAAUUUUUUUGUGUGGGGCUUGAAGAAUGAGAUACGCAGAGAGUUGCUAAUGGCUAAACCCGUUGAUUUGGUGGAUGCCAUGGCCAAGGCUCAAUUAUUUGAAGACCGCCAUGACGAUUUGUUGGGCCGUGCUCAUGGCGAAAGUGGACGUUCUGGCUGGUCACCUAAGUUUCCGAAGUCAUCAGCUCCAGCGGCUCAAAAUGAGGCAGGUUCCGCCUCCGUUGGGUCCACUUCCAAUGUCACAGCAGCUUCAAAGUUUCAAACACUCAACAACACUUCCUUACCGGUUAAACGGUUGUCACCUGCUGAGAUUAAAGAGAAGCGUGAAAAGGGUUUGUGCUUCACGUGUGAUGAGAAAUAUAGCUUCGGUCAUAAAUGCAAAAACAGAGUACUCAUUUUAUGUGCCCAGGGAGAGGAAGAAGAGGAAGAGGAUACACCUGCGGGCGUAGAGGAAUUGGCAGAACUUGAUGACUCCCAAGCAGAUGAGGUUAGUUUGAAUUCAUUAUCUAAUUCAACUAAUCCGAGAAUAUUUCGCAUUAUGGCACACCACGGCAAGGAGCCUCUAGAGGUUCUAAUUGAUACAGGAAGCAACAAUAAUUUCAUCCAAGAGGCCUUAGCAGCUCGAUUGGGUCUGAAUUGUGAGGUCACUAAACGAUUUAAAGUAUACAUGGGCAAUGGGAAUUCUCUCUGGUGUUCACAGCUUUGCAAAGGAGUGGAAUUAGUGUUACAGGGCCAUAAAUUUCUUGUGGAUCUUUAUAUUCUGCCUAUUUGGGGUCUCAACGUGGUGUUGGGAAUGCAAUGGCUUCAAACCUUGGGGCCUUGCAUCCAUGAUCACAAAGCCUUAACGAUGGAAUUUCAGUGGCAAGGGGCGGUUGUUAAAUUAGCAGGAUCAUCGAAUUUGGCAAAUCAUCAGUUAUCAUUCACGCAACUUCGCUCUUUGGUUCGAGAGGGUGAUGUACGUGAGCUGUUUAAGCUGGCCGCGGGAUGUGAACAGCAGGAUAACUCUGUUUUGGAGAUGGCAGAAAUAGAAGCUACUCUACCUAUGGCUGCCAAGGGCAUACUUACAGAAUUCUCAGAUGUCUUUGCUGAACCGACCCAUUUACCGCCUCACCGUGGCACGGAUCACCGCAUUUGCUUGCAACCAGGUACUUCACCUCCCACUUGCUAUUCACUGCCUGAACUAAGUAUCAACAACAAACCAGUUAUGGUUCCCCAGGCCAUUUUGGCUACGAGACUCGUUGGCAACAACGACCACAAGAAGCCCCAAGUACUCGUGCAGUGGUCUUUAAGUGCACCGGAAGACGCCACUUGGGAAGAUUUUCAGGAGUUUUGUCAACUAUACGACCUUACCAACCUUGAGGACAAGGUCGUUUUCGAGGAGGGGAGUAGUGUUAGCCCAAACCCAAACCAAAAGAGUGGCCCAAUAACUCUUGACCCAAAUCAGAUACAAGACAAAAUGGAAGGCUGGUUUGAUGAGUCGACAGCAGGAGUAGAACCCAGCCCUCUGCGUGAAACCAAAGAAGGCAGCAAGAAGGAGUGGAAGUCUCAUACCAGCAAGGGUGGGAGAGUGAGAACGCGUGCGACUCGAGUGCGCGUGAGACCCCGCUGA